AAAAUGAGGUGGAAGAAAGAGAGUAUGAGGUGUAAAAAUAGGGUAAGGAGAGAGAAUGAAAGAGAGGAUAAAACCAUCCUCUCCAAUAUUCAUGCUCUUAUAUGAUAUACUCGUACUACUAUUGUCCUCUUUCCAUUUGGAGGGAAAAUUAUUUGCCUUUUCAUUUCUGAAAUCCUACUCCCUCUCCUCUCUCCCUUCUCUGUUCACUGCACUUCGAAGUUCAAUUCAAUGUCUAGAAGGCGACUUCGUACCGUCUACACCUCCGACGAAGACGAAGAUGUUCCACAACAACCUCCGUUACACGAAAACCUAACCCCUCAACCACCGCAACAACAACAACAACCGCCACAACAACAUGUCAACGAACGAAUGACGGAGGAAGAUGACAUUGAAACUCCAUCUCCAGACCCUAUCCCUAAUAUCAAUUCUGUAACCCUAAAUUCCACCACCACCACCACCUCUACAACCGCCGCUACCACCGCCGUCUCCGAACAUCCGUCACUUCAGGUUUCCGGUGAAGAUUUUAUGGAUGUUUCUGAUAAUCUCUCUCCUCCGCCGGUGGUUACUGCUUCUUUCGCCGCUUCGGGUUGUCCGGUUAAUGAUCAUUUGAGGAGAAUGGGGGUGAAUUUGAGGAGAGAAUGGCUUGAUUCUUGUAAAUUAGGCCUUCAGAAUACUGUCCCGGGUUUCGUAAAUUUUGAUGUUGAAACUAAGGCUAAGCUUUGUUUUGGGCAGAUUUUGAACUCGGAUAUGAAUUAUUCUGGUGCUGGAAUUCUUCCUGAAAAUGUGAAGGAUUUGCAUCUUGUUGAUCUUACUGGCCCUUUUGUUCUGCAGGUUGAUGAAGUACUCAAUAUUAGUUGUCCUCUGAAGGAGAGGUACAAGAAUGCACCUUCAGGGCAUAAAAGAUGCCUCAAGCUCUCCAUGACCGAUGGUGUUCAACGUGUAUUUGGCAUGGAGUAUAGGCCUAUCAAAAGUCUUGAAGCCCUUGCACCUGCUGGGUUUAAGGUUGCCAUUCGGGAUGUGAAUGUACGGCGUGGGAUUCUGAUGUUGGUUCCUGAAGUAUUGGAAAUUCUUGGUGGCUCUGUUGAAGAGCUUGAGGCAGCCAGGCAGAGGCUCGUUCAGGAAGUUAACAAGCCUCCAAGGGGAAAAAGAACAAGAAAUGGUAUUGUUCCUCCAUUGUCGGCGAGAGCAACUCGUGCUGCUUGGCCACAAAAUGAUGUUAGUAAUGAAGCCAUGCCAUUGGAUGAUGCUAAUCAUGUCUCAGGGAACACCACAACUUCUAUGCUACAUGCUGCAACUCAGUUUCGUGGAAAUACCUUGGGUGUUGAUCCAAGCAGUAGGAUUAGGCAAGUCCCUCUGGCAGGCAGAACUGUUACUGAGCUUCCAUCAGAAAGAUCUGACCAACAUUCUCUAAGUAGAGACUCUGCUCAAGUUUACAUCAGUAGAGAAACUGCUCAAUUAUAUAACAGUGUCGAAGCUGGUGUGCUUCCUUCAAGUAGGGAAACUACUGAACCAUUUAAUAGUAGGGUAUCUUCUGAGCAUCUUAUUAGCCGAGAGACUGCGCAUUGUUCUAUCACUAUAAAUGCUCAGAAGUUUCCUACAGCAGCCGAAGGUUCUGAGCAACCUCCUGCUAGACAAUCUACUGGGAUCAAUCCAGUUUCUGCCAUUGCCAUUGAAAAUGAAGAUGCUCUCAUGCUUGAUUAUAUGGAGCACCCAUUUAUAUUAAGCGGAGAGAAGGAAUUACCUUUCAUAUAUUUGGCAAGUCUGUCAGCAAAAUGGGCUGCUGUGCAGGGUAACCAGCCUUCUGUCCGAGGGAAGAUCAAGUGCAUUUUGACUGGUGUGAAUAGAUUUCGGUACAAGGGGCGAUCUACGUUUGAGCUUCAAGUUUAUGUUGAAGAUGGGAGCCUUAUAUCUGAAAUCUUUAUUCACCAUAAUGUUGUGCAGAAAGCGAUAGGUUAUUCACCUGAAGAGGUGAAUGCUGCUCUUUCCUCCUCAAAUGAGAAAGUAGUAGGAGACCUGAAGAGCAAAUUGAAUCAAUUUCAAUUAUUCUUAAUGAAUUUUGAGGGUACGAUGCUUGUGGAGAUGAAUGAGACUUCUACGUACCCGAUUGCUCUUGAGAUGAACCAAAAUUGUCCUGCAUCAGAUGCAUUGUUACUUUUGAAAAGACUGAAGCCUGCCUCUUCUGGCCCAAUGUCCCAAAAUAGCCAGUUAGAUGUGAUCAAUUUGUCGCCUUGAGCCGACAAAUGCACACUGUGGUUCCUUUCUUGAUUAUUGCAAACAGAAUGAUAUGAAAAUUCUUAGAUAUGUGAAUAGGUGAAUCAGUAAGAGACUAAGAGUGUAUCUUGAUAUGUAUGGGUCACAUAGAGGCAUCUUUUCAAGUUGCUUGCUUUCUAAG